GUCCGCCCUUAUAAAAGCCGCCACCACCGGCGCUGCUUCUGUAGUGGUCUUGGUGCUCUGCGUUACCUCGGGGUCUUCUUCCUCGUCGCCUGCCCCCGUAGCCCACCGGGUCCUCUCGGCUCUGCCAGCUUACCCGCCGGGGUCCCCGGGGAUCCGGAACCAUGCCUUCAAUUAAGUUGCAGAGCUCUGAUGGAGAGAUAUUUGAAGUUGAUGUUGAAAUUGCAAAACAGUCUGUAACUAUCAAGACCAUGUUGGAAGAUCUGGGAAUGGAUGAUGAAGGGGAUGAUGAUCCAGUUCCUCUACCAAAUGUUAAUGCAGCAAUAUUAAAAAAGGUAAUUCAGUGGUGCACCCACCACAAGGAUGAUCCUCCUCCUCCUGAGGAUGAUGAGAACAAAGAGAAGCGAACAGAUGAUAUUCCUGUUUGGGACCAAGAAUUCCUGAAAGUUGACCAAGGAACUCUUUUUGAACUUAUUCUGGCAGCAAACUACUUAGACAUUAAAGGUUUGCUUGAUGUCACAUGCAAGACUGUUGCAAAUAUGAUCAAGGGAAAAACUCCAGAAGAGAUUCGCAAAACUUUCAAUAUCAAGAAUGACUUUACUGAAGAGGAAGAAGCCCAGGUACGCAAAGAGAACCAGUGGUGUGAAGAAAAGUGAAGUUUUGUGCCUGUUAACACUGUAACACUGUAAGGAUCGUUCCAAAUAACUAGUUGCACUGCUCUGUUUAUAAUUGUUAAUAUUAGACAAAUGCAGCAGCAAAUCCGUUGUAUUAGCAGGAUAUCGAUCGUUCCCAUUGCAUGUGUAGUGUUUUUUGAGUCCAGAGUCUAAUCCUAUGGCUGUUUUAACCAGUAUAAUCAAAAGUCUUUUUACUUUUGUCUGAAUAAAACUGAAACUGUGUGGGUUCUGUAUGGAAAGUGGCACUUUUACUUUCCUUUUCUUAUUUUGUAAAGCAGUUUGUCCAGUUACUGUCCAGCUUUGAACUUUAGUUUUCUUGCUAUCUGACUUGCCCUUUAAGGAACGUUGGCAUUGUAAAUAAAACCACUUGCAAAAGUUUUCCACAAUAGAAUUAA